AUGGAAGCAGGGCCACGUGGCCUGGGAGACAUACAGAGAUGCAGCUCACCACUGCAGGGAGGAAAUCCAUGUGGCCAAAGCUCAAUUGGGGCUGAAGCUGCCAAUACUGUGGUGGGCAAUAAGAAUAAAUUCUUUAAGUACAUUAAUAGCAAAAGGGAAUGUAGAAAUUACAUCAGCCCAUUACAGGAUGAAGAUGGUCACUUCAUAAACAGGGAUGUAGAAAAGGCAGAGUUGUUUAGUGCUUCCUUUUCCUCUGUCUUCAACACUGAUGGCAGGCCAAAUGGGACCCAGUGCUCUGAGCUGGAGGAUGAUAACUGCAAGACCAUUACACUCCCAGCUGACUCUGGUGCUGUGGGGGUUCUGCUCCUCCAGCUGGAGCAGAUAGAUGAUGGGAUUCAUCCUAGGAUGCUUAAGGAGUUGGCUGAUGUCAUUGCAGGGCCUCUCUCAAUGAUUUUUCAACAGUCUUGGGAAUCUGGAGAGGUCCUGCUGGUCUGGAAGAAUUUAGUGAAAUGGUCUCAAUUUUUAUUUUUUUUUAUUGUAGGUUUCAUAUAUACUGGAGAAGUUGUGCAUCGAAUGCUAACAGCUACCCAAUAUAUUGCACCCUUAAUGGCAAAUUUUGACCCCAGUGUGUCAAGAAAUUCAACAGUCAGAUACUUUGAUAAUGGCACAGCACUAGUUGUCCAGUGGGACCAUGUACAUCUGCAGGAUAAUUACAACCUGGGCAGUUUCACUUUUCAGGCCACCCUUCUCAAUGAUGGGCGUAUCAUUUUCGGCUACAAAGAAAUUCCUGUGGCAGUGACACAGAUCAGUUCAACCAACCAUCCAGUGAAAGUAGGACUUUCAGAUGCAUUUGUGGUCGUGCACAGGAUCCAGCAAAUUCCCAAUGUCCGUAGAAGAACAAUUUAUGAAUACCACAGGGUGGAGCUACAGAUGUCAAAGAUUACCAAUCUCUCAGCUGUUGAAAUGAUACCUCUUCCAACUUGUCUCCAGUUUACCAGCUGUGGUCCCUGUGUCACUGCCCAGAUUGGUUUCAACUGCAGCUGGUGCAAUAAACUCCAAAGGUAA